GAUGGCUGCAUCCCAACAGCAGGCUUCAGCGACUUCUUCUGCCGCUAGUGUAUCGGGUCCAGGUUCAGCUGGUGGGUCGGGUUCCCAGCAGCAGCCACAACCACCAGCACAACUUGUGGGACCUGCCCAGAGCGGGCUUUUGCAGCAACAGCAACAGGACUUCGAUCCUGUGCAGCGUUAUAAGAUGCUCAUCCCGCAGCUGAAGGAGAGUCUACAGACCUUGAUGAAGGUUGCAGCCCAGAACCUGAUUCAGAACACUAACAUUGACAAUGGACAAAAGAGCAGCGAUGGACCCAUUCAGCGCUUUGACAAGUGUCUGGAAGAGUUCUAUGCACUUUGUGACCAGCUAGAGCUCUGCCUGCGCCUGGCACAUGAGUGCCUGUCACAGAGCUGCGACAGUGCCAAGCACUCUCCAACACUGGUGCCCACAGCCACCAAGCCUGAUGCCGUCCAGCCUGACAGCCUGCCCUACCCGCAGUACCUGGCGGUCAUCAAAGCCCAGAUUGCCUGUGCCAAGGACAUUCACACUGCCCUGCUGGACUGUGCCAACAAGGUCACAGGCAAGACGCCUGCACCACCUACGGGCCCUGGAGGCACCCUGUGAGCCCGCAGGGCUGGGAGUGGGGGAAGGGCCAGGGAGGGAAUGAAGAGUGGCUUCAAAGCA